GCAAGAAAAAUUGGCACAUUUGUGGAAUGUCGCAAGUUGUGUUUGAUUUUAAAGAAAGUAAAGAAAUUAUCAAAGCAUAAUUUAAACAUAUUGAAACGAUUAAACAAUUCGACGCUGUUUGCAUGAAAAAAUUGCUCCUCACAUACAUGAAAAAAUAAUCGCGCUAGCACCGAAAACAACAAUACAAAUUAAAAACGGCACGAAUCAACGCCAGAGUAAAUGUUUGUAUCAACCAACGGAGUGAACGGUCUGAUAUAGUAGACCAAUUGAGGAGCAUUCAGUAAGCGCGAAAUUUGUGAGAAAGCUUAGUCAGAUCGAGUGCUUCACGUUCAAUAGCUGAGCGCGCAAGCGCCAUUCAGAAGUCAAUAUACUCAAAGCGUCCCUCACCAAGUGUAAUAUUGCUAGCAAUAGUUGACACCAACGCAAUUCAAAGUAAUCAGUACACAAGAGUCGGUUGGCGUGACGACGCCGUUGAAUCACCAUUCGCCAGCUUUGCGGAACAAAUAAGAGAAAGUAAUUAACAUUAGCGUGGAAGUGAAUGCCGUAAAUUGACAUGUGCUGACGCGUCGCAAAAAAUUAACACAAAACAGAUAACAAAGAUAUUGAGAAAAACAAAAACCAUUUCUAAUUGAAAUUAAAAUAUUGAAUUCUUCUGCAAACUAAUUUAAUCGGUUAUUGGCGUAGUCAGUGUGUAUAUGCUAUACUAACAUAAACUAAUUAAGUGACAGGAAACAUUGUUGCGCUCAGAAAAAGAAUCAAGUAAAGUAAAAUACUAUCCCACCACCACCAGUGACCCCACCACAAGAGUAUGACAACAUCAGCAUUUAAAAGUAAACGUAACAACGCGGCGUCCAACAGUGCCGAAGCCGAUGGUCACAUUUCCAAUGAUGUGAAUAGCGCAGAUUUAAAUCACACAAUGGAAAAAACAGAUUCUGAGGAAGACGCUUGGUCAUCAACCGGAUACAACUACAUAAAUCCAUUUGUUCAUCGUUUACAAAUCGAGAAUAACAUCGAUUUAGCAAAGAUUUAUGUGCUAACAGUGCUUUUGAUGCCGAUUCGCGUGUUCGGCUGUCUUCUCUCGCUUCUAUCCGCAUGGAUGUUCGCCUGCAUCGGCCUGUACGGUCUCACACUUGACGACUUAAAGGCGAGACCUAUAACCGGCUGGAGAAGACAGUUUCAACGAAUCACCUCCGGUGCAAUGCGUACACUCUUCGCUGCCGGAACAUUUCAUCAUGUCAAAUUGACUGGCGAACGUGCGUCACCGAAGCAAGCACCCAUCAUGGUGGUGGCGCCGCACUCUUCCUAUGUCGAUUCGAUCAUUGUGGUAGCAACUGGUCCACCUUCGAUUGUGGCGAAGCGUGAGACCUCCGAUAUACCUUUGUUGGGCAAAAUCAUCAAUUUCGCGCAACCCAUUUAUGUGCAGCGCGAGGAUCCGAAUUCUCGGCAGAACACCAUACGUGAGAUUGUAGAGCGUGCACGUUCUGAAGAGGAGUGGCCACAAGUUGUUAUCUUUUCUGAGGGCACGUGUACCAAUCGCAAGGCCUUGAUUAAAUUUAAGCCUGGUGCUUUCUAUCCAGGUGUACCUGUACAACCAGUUUUGCUCAAGUAUCCUAAUAAAUAUGAUUCAUUCACGUGGACUUGGGACGGUCCAGGCGUCCUGAAACUGCUUUGGAUGACAAUGGCGCAAUUCUAUAGUCGUUGUGAAAUCGAAUUUUUACCGGUGUACACACCGUCAGAGGAGGAAAAGGCUGAUGCGAAUUUAUAUGCGAAAAAUGUGCGAGAUGUUAUGGCCAAAGCGCUUGGUGUGCCAACAUCAGAGUACUCUUUCGAAGAUGUGAUUACAAUGAGUCGUGCCAAAGAUAUGCGUGUGCCCUUUCCUGGCGAUAUUAUCGAAAUUGAACGAGUGCUUUACAAUUUGGGUUUCCUCCCAGAUUCCGUGCGUGAUCAAGAAUUAGUUGCAGAUUUUCUUAGCAUAAACAAUACUGACCGUUUAGACAUAUUCACCUUUGCUGAAUUACUUCGGAUUGACCCUAAAAAUUCGCAACUACUCCAGCUUUUCGCAUUACUAGAUCAUCAUCACAGGUAUACAGUUAAUUUGAGGAGUUUUCUUUUAUGCUCACAAUUUUGUAAACUAAAGAACGAAGAGAUUAUCGUGUUUCUGCGCGCCAUCGCUACUUUGUACACGGAGUCAACGCAACGUAUUACACGUCAAAGCUUCGCACGUAUACUGCGGCACACGGGCAAAAUGACGCCGGAAAAGUGCGAUGCAUUGUUCUUUGCCAUCGAUAGCACGAACAAAGGCUGCAUUUCAUUUGAUGAGUUCGAGCGCUAUACCAAGGAUCAUCCACAGUACAAAUUCCUUUAUAAGAAGCAGGAACACCUGAGGCGGACACAAGCGGGCGGAAAUGUAAAAAAACAAACUUAGAAAAGGUGAAAAAAGUAUAAAAAAGCAAGAAAAAGUAAAAGCAAAGAAACGCUUGUGUGUGGAUGUGUAUGUAUGUCUGCUGUCAAGAGUACUACAAUUUCAAAUUAUAAUGGAUUUAAGUAUUAAAACCAAAUACCACAGACGUAUGUCAAGUUAAAGCAAGAAUUGUAUGAAUUUCAUAAAUAUUAUUUAAAAAAAAAACCCUAAAAACGUCAGCUUAACAAAGUUAAAAGUAAAACAUUUUCUAUAAUUGUACAAAAAAAAACGUUUAAUUUGAGCAAAUAAGAAGCAAAAAAUGCAAAUUUGAUAUAUUAAAUGAAAAAAAAACCCAAGUGUAUUUUUAACAAAACCAAAGCUUAGAGAGACAAUCCAAAGUUGACGUAUUUAUAUAAACACAAAAAUUUGAUAAUGCAUAAAGAGAGAUCGCGGUUUAGGGAUUAUAUUCACUUGCAAGUCAGAAAAAGACGUGUCUUCGUUAAAUUUUUUUUUUUUAUAAUGUAUAUUUUGAGAAUUUUAUGUACUUUAAUACAGGGUUUCUCCGGAAAGUAAUGUAACUGAUUUUCUUCCGCCGCGACUGUACUUCGGCGCGUGCGGGAACCGACUAACGGUUCCGAGACAAAGAGACAAUCUUAUGAGUGGCACACGCCGGCGUCUCCUCGCCCAAAAAAGGGAAGAAUGAGCAAAUCCAAAAGGAAAAGGAUUCUCAUUCUCUUUGUUGACAUCAAAGGCGUCGUCCACCAUGAAUUUGUUCCUCCUGGAAAAACCGUCAACGCCAAGUUUUACGUUGAAAUACUCCAGAGACUCAAACGAAGGAUUAAUCGGGUCCGACAAAACAUCGCAGCUGAUUGGAAGUUGCACCACGACAACGCCACGGCUCAUACUGUCUUUCUUGUGAACAGCUACCUAAUCAAGACCAGCAUCCCAACGCUUCUGCAGCCACCCUACAGCUCAGAUGUGCCCCUCCCCCCGACUUUUUUGCGACAACAGAGGGGAUCUAAACAGCAUUCAACUAUUCCGGAGAAUACCUUCCGUGACGCCUUCAAUGCUUUGAAAUCGCGCUGACGACGCUGUAUCGACGCAGAAGGAGCCUAUUUUGAAAGUUUUUAAAGAAUUGUUACGAUUGGUUCAAAAGUUUUUUUUAAGUCUU